AUGGCCUUCAUUCAGAUACCAGGAUUACAAACUUGUGUUCCGCCACCCGUACACGUUUAUGUCAAUUUCUUCCUCGAGCAAGCUUUCGAUGUUCAAGCAUCAAUCUAUCCUGGGGUAGGAUCCCGCGGACCCACUGCGGCUUGCAAUGGGUUUUGGCAGCGACCAAUCAUGCCCAUUGUUUACACCCUACAGUCUGUUUAA